AUGUCUUCCUCUCUCGACCAGCUCAAGGCCACCGGCACCACCGUUGUCAGUGACUCUGGAGACUUUGCCACCAUUGGCAAGUACAAGCCACAGGAUGCCACCACCAACCCAUCGUUGAUCCUCGCCGCCUCCAAGAAGCCCGAGUACGAGAAGCUCAUCGACGAGGCCGUUGCCUACGGCAAGAAGCACGGAAAGAGCACAGACGAGCAGGUGGAUGCCUCUCUCGACUACCUCCUUGUCCUUUUMGGCAAGGAGAUCCUGAACGUUGUUCCUGGCAAGGUCUCGACUGAGGUCGAUGCGAGAUUCUCCUUUGACAAGAAAGCGUCCAUCGACAAGGCCCUGCACAUCAUCGAGCUGUACAAGGAGAUUGGCAUUGACAAGUCCCGCGUCUUGAUCAAGCUCGCUUCCACCUGGGAGGGUAUCCAGGCUGCCUACGAGCUCCAGAGCAAGCACGGCAUUAACUGCAACUUGACCCUCAUGUUCUCCCUCACACAGGCCAUUGCCGCCGCCGAGGCUGGUGCUUUCCUGAUCUCGCCUUUCGUCGGCCGUAUCCUCGACUGGUACAAGGCCAACACCAAGACCGAGUACACCGCAGAGAACGACCCGGGUGUCAAGUCUGUCCAGCAAAUCUUCAACUACUACAAGAAGUUCGGCUACAAGACCAUUGUCAUGGGCGCCUCUUUCCGCAACAUUGGCGAGAUCACCGAGCUUGCUGGCUGCGACUACCUCACCAUUGCACCAAACCUCCUCGAGCAGCUGUUGAACAGCCAAGAUGCCGUUCCACAGAAGCUCAAGGCGGAGGGUGCCUCAUCUCUUGACAUUGAGAAGAAGUCCUACCUCCACGACGAGGCCGAGUUCCGCUUCCAGUUCAACGAGGAUACCAUGGCCGUACACAAGCUGUCGGAGGGUAUCAGCAAGUUCGCUGCCGACGCUGUCACCCUCAAGGACAUCAUCAAGCAGAAGAUUGGUGCUUAA